CACCAGGAGGGCGCUGCCCUGGCCAGGCCGGAGUUGGAGGCCUGCAGGGCCUCGGCAGCGGGAGGAGACCGUGACUCACCGCCGGUAACCCAACACCGCUGUGCCUCCUUUCCCCGGCCUCCCCCAGCUCUCGCGGGCUUGGUGGCCGCUGCGACACCAUAACAAACAUGAAGGGUGGCCCGGAAGGGUGCAGCCCCGGCCCACAACGCGCACGCUUGGGCCACCCGGACUCUGUGCGUAGCCGCCUCUGCGGCCUCGGGGCCAGGAGAGCUUUAUCCGUGGCCGAUCGGCCAAAGCCAGCCGCAGAACGCCCGCAGUAGCUCCGGAGGGUGAGUGCAGGAAGCUCAGGGAGGGGGACAAACGUACUGAGGACCACCCCCACCCCACCGGGACCGUCUGUCCCCCGCCUGGCGAGGACAAAGCGCCCUGGCCGCCGCCCGGGCCUGCGCCGCGCCGCACAAAGGGUGAACGACGACACGCACCCCGCCCCCUCCCUGCGCGGUGGCCCGACGCGGAGGUGGGGACACCCGGGCGCCCGCCCCGCGCUCCCCUCCCGCCCCGCCCCGUCUGCGCGUCCUUCUGGCGCGGGGGCGGGGGGCGCGGCGCCCCACAUAACACUCCUCUCUCUGCGCUCGGAGCCACCCUCUCCCCUCCUUCUCGCUAACACCACCGCCUCCCCUGACAUCGCCGCCACCUCGCCGGACGCUCCGCAAUCUGCGGCCGGCCGGGGAGGCGGUGCGCGGAGCGUGCGCGCCCGGGGCGCCAGAUGUGCAGUCUCCGCCGCCUCUAGUGACCCAGCGGCAAGCCAGAGCCAGGUCGGGUUGUCUCAGCAAUGCUGCGGGGGAGACCUUGAACGCACCCUGGUUUCCCUCAGCGGGGACCACCCAGAGCCCCUGUGCGUGCUGGGUCCUGCCCUCUCCAGCCCGGCUCGCCCCGCGCUUGGACAUGGAAGAGGCGGCUGUGCCCGCGGCAGGAGAUGGCCCUGAUGUGGAGCCGGGGCCGCCGGGCUCUCAGCGGGAGGCGGUGGUCGGGGCGACUGCAGCCCCAACGGAGCCCAGGAAGCCGCACGGGGUGAAGAGACAUCACCACAAGCACAACUUGAAGCAUCGCUAUGAACUGCAGGAGACCCUGGGCAAAGGUACCUACGGCAAAGUCAAGAGAGCCACCGAGAGGUUUUCAGGCCGAGUGGUUGCUAUAAAAUCCAUCCGUAAGGACAAAAUUAAGGAUGAACUAGACAUGGUUCACAUCAGACGAGAAAUUGAGAUCAUGUCAUCUCUCAACCACCCUCAUAUCAUCGGUAUUUAUGAAGUGUUUGAGAACAAAGAUAAGAUUGUGAUCAUCAUGGAAUACGCCAGCAAAGGAGAGCUCUAUGAUUACAUCAGCGAGCGGAGACGGCUCAGCGAGAGGGAGACCAGACACUUCUUCAGGCAGAUCGUGUCCGCUGUGCAUCACUGUCACAAGAAUGGUGUGGUCCACCGGGACUUGAAGCUGGAGAAUAUACUCCUGGAUGAUAACUGCAAUAUUAAGAUCGCUGACUUUGGGCUUUCCAACCUGUACCAGAAGGACAAGUACUUGCAGACAUUUUGUGGGAGCCCGCUCUAUGCGUCUCCUGAGAUUGUCAACGGGAGGCCUUACCGAGGGCCAGAGGUGGACAGCUGGGCCUUGGGCGUCUUGCUUUACACUCUCAUUUAUGGGACGAUGCCCUUCGAUGGCUUCGAUCACAAAAACCUCAUUCGACAGAUCAGCAGCGGAGAAUACCGGGAGCCCACACAACCCUCAGAUGCUCGAGGACUCAUUCGGUGGAUGCUGAUGGUGAACCCUGACCGCCGGGCCACCAUUGAGGACAUCGCCAACCACUGGUGGGUGAACUGGGGCUACAAGAGCAGUGUCUGUGACUGUGAUGCCCUUCCUGACUCCGAGUCUCCGCUCUUAGCACGGAUUAUUGAUUGGCACCAUCGUUCCACCGGGCUGCAGGCUGAGGCUGAAGCCAAGAUGAAGGGUCUGGCCAAACCUGGAGCCUCUGAGGUGGUCCUGGAGCGGCAACGGUCCCUGAAGAAGUCCAAGAAAGAAAAUGACUUUCCCCCGGCUGGCCAGGACUCAGUACCUGAAAGCCCAUCCAAGCUGAGUUCCAAGAGGCCCAAGGGCAUUCUGAAGAAGAGGAGCAACAGUGAACACCGCUCCCACAGUACUGGCUUCAUCGAAGGCAUUGUGGGCCCUACCUUACCGUCCCCUUUCAAGAUGGAGCAAGAUUUGUGCCGGACCGGCAUUCCCCUCCCCAGUUCCCCCGAGGCAGAUAUGUCAGGGAAGCUCAGCCUCAAACAGUCAGCCACGAUGCCCAAGAAAGGUAUCUUGAAAAAGACCCAGCAGAGAGAAUCUGGUUACUAUUCAUCCCCAGAACGCAGCGAGUCUUCCGAGCUGCUGGACGGUAAUGACGUCAUCACCGGCAGUGGCCUCUCUUCUCCUCCCGCAGAGGCAGCCAGGGGAACCUCCCACAGCCUAUCCUGCCGGAGGAAGGGCAUCUUGAAACACAGCAGCAGGUACUCGGACGGUGCCGCAGACCCUGCCCUCGCUAGCCCCGAAAUGCCCACACUGGAAUCCUUGUCCGCGCCCGGUGUCCCCCCGGAUGGUGUCUCUCGCAGUUACAGCCGCCCGUCCAGUGUCAUCAGCGAUGACAGUGUCCUAUCCAGCGACUCCUUUGACUUGUUAGACCUCCAGGAGAACCGUCCAGCCCGCCAGCGCAUCCGCAGCUGCAUCUCUGCAGAAGACUUCCUCCAGCUUCAGGACUUCGAGACGCCGCAUAACCGGCCCCGGCCCCAGUACCUGAAGCGGUACCGGAACCGACAGGCAGACAGUAGCUUCUCCCUCCUCACUGAUAUGGACGAUGUGACCCAGGUGUAUAAGAAAGCCCUGGAGAUCUGCAGCAAGCUCAACUAGCCCUUCGGGGUGCGCAGAGGAUGGGAUGGAACGGGUGGGUGGGUCUAAGGGAGGAGGGCAACAGAACUCAGCUUCUGGCUGGUUACCUCUUUGCUGGCUGUGGCAAUGGACUGGAAAAGGACUCCUAACUGGUAAGACCUGGCCUGGCCAGUGUUCAGUCUUGAGUCAGCACCUGAAAGGGAUGGAAAUGGUUCUUUAUCAGUUCUGCUGCUGGCGUUCCCCUAUGGCAUCUCACAUAGGAUUGGCUUUCCGGGGAAGGUGAUGUUGGCCAGCACAAAGUGGGAGGGGGCAUUAUGGGGACUGGGGGGAUGUCUCACUAGAAGUCACCUAGGCCUUUCUGGAAGACGAGCAGGAAGACUGAGACCAUCUGCUUUGGAUGAAUACAUUAGCAAGCUUGGUCUGACUUCAUAGGGGCUAGCGAGAUUGCAGCACCGUUAGCUUGAGUUGGUGAUCAGUUGGUAUCUGAACUGGGUGCCGAUUUGAGCAGCCUAGGCAUAACACAGGGUGAUGUGAUCGAGUACCAGUAACUGCGGUGGGAUCGGGAAUCGCCGUAACAGCGUGCCCGCGAGAACUAACCCUGGGAGUUAGCGCACAACACCCUGUCACCCUGUGGUGCCUGCUGACUCCUUCACGGCCCAGCAUGGCAUUUGUUAAUUGGCUCCUGGACCUAGAGGGACUUGCUUAGAGAGCAAACACUUCAAAUUCUUCUAGGGACAUAGUCUGUGAUCAGUUUUUGACUUCCCAGGAUCUGCCUGGUUUGUUCCUUAACCUCACCUGAAGGUGGGCAAGGAGAAAUUGGGUGGCGUGAGAGCCCAGGGCAUUGUAUAUGACAGGACAGAGAGCUGCUGUGGCCUUUGCACAGUUUGCUGGAAGGUGAGGCAUGCCAGCAAGGGGCGACUUAUCUCUUUCUUAAAGGUCUCAGUAUUAACUGGAAUCCAGCCUCUUGGCUUCUCUCUCACCCACAUGAAUGCUUUAAUUGGAUGUGAUGCUGUCCGGGGCCUCCAGAGGAUUCCCAGCUCAGCUGCUGGCCCCAUCCAUCCACAGGUGUGGAGCGCUAAUGGUAGAUGAGUUGCUAGUGUAGGGACCUAGCGUAGGUGGGUGUGUGGAUGUGGAAAGUGCGGUUUGGUCGAAGGUUCUUGUCUCCUCCAACCUAAGUGUUCUGUCUCGUGGCUUUGAUCUCCCUGCACGUUCCUUCUGCCUGUGGAACUGGAGGGUGAAAGAGAAGAGUGUUGGGCGUGGGGGACAACAAAAUUAGGGACAUUUCUUUAGGAGUCCUCCAGAUGGCUCUGGGGGAGGCUCUCAGAAAAGAGGUGCUGCGGCAGGAUGUUUAAAAAUGUUCCAAUUGGUUAUCUAAUCUCCUGGCUCUCAGAUUACAGGUGAUGUUAGCCCCGCAGUGGGCAUCCCAUGGAUACUGGGGUUGAAAUGGUCUUUUAGGACUGACCUCAGAAUCGAAUCCUUAUUCUAAGGUGGCUACCUCCUGAUAGCCUCUCAGAGGGGGCUGGGGGAGGACUCAUCUUGGGAAGUCUUAGGAAAAACACGGAACAUGUCACAGCACUGAGAACAGUUGUCAGGAAGAUGCUGCCCCAUGUUUCCAGAGACUGUCCUGUAUCUCUGUGUGUCACCCAUGCCAGCGUUGAGGCCUGUGCCUUCCUUUAGGUUGAUCUGAGCAGAAUAUUGUGGGAAGCUGCUGGGAUUCCUCUCUUUCAGUACCAACUCCCUCUCAAGCUCUGGGACGGGCUAAACGGGAGAAAAAUCUCUAGGUAGAGAGUCAGGUUUGGGGGUGCAUAGAGGGCAGCAUGCAACCUCUGGUCCCCCAUCUCCUUGCCUCCUUAUGUGAAUAGCCCCUGCUUCUACAGCGCUGGCUACCGAGCAUGCCUUUAGUCUCAGGUAUACCAGCCAUUACCGGUUGGGGAGAUGUUCCUGUUUCGGAUUUCCCAUCAUUCUGGUGACUCCAUUGGUAAAUCUACCGUCUCUCUUCCCAGUCACCAGUACGCUUUCUUUUGCCAGCACAGUCUAAGACAAAGGAAAAACAAAUUUCCCCCACCCAUACAGAGGCUGCGGUAUGCCCUCGGUUCCAGGGCAGACACUCUGAGUCAAGCCCAGGGCUGUGGUUAGAUCUGGUGGUCUCGGACCCCUGCAGUGGUGGAGAGCUGCUUCCUACGUUUGGAGGUCAGAGAGGUGGGUAGGUGGUUUCCAAGGCUAGGCUUGUUUCUGACUUCUGCUUCUCAGCGAGAUGGCUGACCGUCCGUCCCUGCAAGGGAAAGAGUUAGAAUAGAGUAGAGCCCUAAAAAGCAGCUUCCCAAUUAAGUCCGCUUACCUACAAGCCAAUCCCCAGCCAAAGGUGUCACUGGGGAGAGAGAAUGGGAGACUGGCAGACCUCCGGUCCUGAUCCUUGCUUUGCUUCUGGGGCCCUUUCAUCCUCUGUUUACACAUCUGCCAAAGGGGUGGAGUUGUACUUCGUUUUACAGGUAAAUUUCAAGGCACAAUCAGUUUUUAGGGAAAUGCUUCAAGACCCCAGGCAACCUGACAAUGCUAAAUUCUUUCUGAAUUUGGUCUCUGGUGUGCUCCUUAUCAAAGGCGCGCCCUGCAGGGUGAAAUUCAGGCGUGUUUUGCUGUCUUGAGUACAAAUGUGAAUGGCGGACUGACUGCUUGCUGCCAAACUGGAAAUGUUCUGUGGGGAUUUACUGGCAUGGUAUCAUUCCUAGGAAGAAGAAAAAAGAAAAAAAAGAAAAAGAGAAAAAAAAAAGAAAAAAAAAGGAAUGGGAAGGAGAGCGAGAAAACUUGACUGCACAUUUUUUUAAAUCCAUGUUGUGACUUUUAUUUAAUUUCUAUAUUUUUUUGGUAAUAAAAAGUUGACUUUAAUUUGAAUUUGUCUUUUUUUAUUUAUUGGUCUAAAAGGCAUUUCAAAGGUAUUAUAAUAAUAUAUUGGUGUAAUUUAAUUGGUGCAGCAUGCUUUAUGGCUCCAGUCAAAAUUGGUUUUCACUUAUUUGACUGGUUUGAGAACAGCCGACAGGGAAAGUAAAAGCUGGCUAAUUACCCAAAGUGUUCAUUUUUCAUUGGAAACUGAUUUUUGUCGUUUUUGUUUGUUUUUAUUUUUAAAUUAAAUAAAUUGCAAUGAACUGUA